AACAUACCCACUCCAUUAAUGGAAAAGGUCAAGGUCACUUCACCCCCUUACCAUGUACACACAAUACUCACUUCUUCCUAGCUCCUUCUCCUUCUCCACCUCUACCUCCACCCACGCCGUUAACUUCAUUCACCAAAAAGGCCAAAAACAAGAUAACCAAAACCCCAACGCCGUUAAAAGAUGACGGACCCAACGUCGCCAAUUCAAUUUGUCACGAUCAGCCCUCACCCCACUCUCCCCACAUCUCUCCCCUCUACCUCGCCCCCUCCGCUCGCCUUCCCUCCCUCCCAAUCCCCAACGCCCUACCGCUAAAACCCGCCCUAACCCCAAAAAUAUCAUCAUUUCCCACUUCGGUCUUUCUCAAUUUCUGUUAAAAUUACUUUAUUUAUCAGUCUCUAUCAAAUAUCUCAAUUUUUUUCUCAAUGGUAUCAUCACCAUUUGCAAUAUCUUCUGUGCUACUCCUCUCAAUUCCUGUGCUUUUUCUUCUGGCGCCCCGCAUCCUCCCUCCGCGCCAAAUCCCCAUUCCCCUUUCCGACGAGGUCGAUGAUCUGGCGCUCUUCCGCCGCGCCGCUGCCCUCGACUCCGCCCACUCAGCCUCCAAUCUGCCCUCCUCCUUUACGCAUCUCGGCGCCACCAACCCUAAGCUCAAGAUCGCAUUCCUCUUCCUCACCAACUCCGACCUCCACUUCGCCCCGCUGUGGGAACAAUUCUUCAGAGGUAAUGAAGAUCUCUACAACAUCUACGUCCACGCCGAUCCAACCGUUCAGGUGGCUCAUCCAGCCGGAGUUUUUGAGGACCGCUUCAUCGCGGCGAAGAAGACGCAGCGGGCCUCGCCGAUGCUCAUCUCCGCCGCACGCCGCCUCCUCGCCACCGCCCUCCUUGACGACCCCUACAACGCCUUCUUCGCGAUCCUCUCCCAGCACUGUGUCCCCCUCCAUUCCUUCAGAUUUGUCCACCACGCCCUCUUCGCGCCUCCCCGGGUCAAAUCUGCGUUGUCGGUUGAGUCGACUCGGCUGCCGGUCCGGCUGAGGUACUCGAGCUUCAUCGAGAUACUCUCGAACUCAUCCUCUCUCUGGAAACGCUACACGGCGAGAGGCCGUUACGCGAUGCUGCCGGAGGUGCCGUUCAGCAAAUUUCGAGUCGGAUCUCAGUUCUUCGUCCUGACGCGGCGGCACGCGCUCGUCGUCGUCAAGGAUCGGCAGCUGUGGAAGAAGUUCAAGCUGCCGUGUUUGAGAAGCGACUCGUGUUAUCCAGAGGAACACUACUUCCCGACGCUGUUGUCAAUGACGGAUCCCAAUGGUUGCACUCACUACACACUGACUCGAGUCAAUUGGACUGGAAGUACACACGGUCAUCCCCACACGUACCGGUCGGCGGAGAUUUCGGCGGAACUCAUUUACAGGCUCAGGCAAUCGAAUUCCAAUUACUCGUAUUUGUUUGCAAGGAAGUUCACACCUGAUUGUUUGCAACCGUUGAUGAAUAUCGCCGGCACCGUCAUUUUCCGGGACUAAAGAGGAUUGAUGCCGGUGAAGUUUUGAGGCAUACGGUGAGAAGGAGCGGGAAUAAGGUUUUGAAGAGGCGUCAAAAUGGAAAUGCCCACAACCUAAUGUAACCCGCCACCGCCAAUAAUAAAUAAAAACCAACAACAAUUGGUGAAAGUUGAAGAGAGAGAAACCAACAAGGUUCUAAGGGUGGUACAUUUUUUGCUGAAUUGUAACCAUUGCAGCAGUAGAGGUGGAAUUAGUCCUUUUUUUCUUUGUAAUAUUUUUGGGGGAUAUUGUACAUAAAUAGAUUUAUAAAUAUAUAUUAUGGAAGGAUGGAUGGAUGGAUAGGUUUUUCUUAGAAGGAAGGAAAAACGAUUGAAGGUGGGGAUUGGGUUGAGAUUCUGAAAGGCCCCCAUUGCUUGGAACCUGGAUAUGGCAUCUCCCACUUUGCUUC